CUGACAGGAACCACAUCUCCGUAUACAAACUGAUACUUUCUGCAAAGGCCCUCCUUCUGGUUUAACACUUGUUUGGCUGCGCUAUUUAUCUGAAAACAAAUAUCACUUAUUUAAGCAGUCCCUAACCCACCCACAUCCUACAAUGGGUAUCCAGAGGUUAGCAGAUCUAAUCCGGGAUGAGGCUCCCACUGCAGUUAGUUACCGAUCUGUGCAGAGCUACAGUGGCUGUAUAAUUGCACUUGAUGCUUCCAUCUCAAUGUAUCAACUCCGCACAGGGGCACCAGAGAUCCGCAAUCGCAAUGGGGAAAACAUCAGUGACAUAAUGGGAUUCUUUUACCGAACAGUACACCUGCUUGAAAAUAAAAUCAAACCAGUAUAUGUCUUUGAUGGGCGACCACCUGAGAUGAAAUUACAACUGCUGGACAGAAGAGCUGAAGCUGCUGGUAAUUUAAGGAAGACAGACAAAGGUGAUAUAAAUCCUGAAAAAAGAUUGAGCAGCCGUUACACAGAGAACUGCCAGAAGAUCCUUCAGCUGCUUGGGGUGCCAUAUAUUGAGGCCAAAAGUGAAGCUGAGGCCACAUGUGCAGCCCUGGUAAAAUGUGGAAAGGCAAGCUAUGCUGCAACGGAGGAUAUGGACGCAUUGCCAUUUGGGUGCAGUUCAUUGCUGAGAAACCUGCGAGCUGAGAAAAACGGUGUAGUAAAGGAAUAUUCUCUGCCAGAGGUCCUAAAGCAGCUCAAUUUAACUCAUAAGCAGUUUGUGGACGUUUGCAUCCUGCUGGGAUGUGAUUACUGUGGAAAAAUUCAUGGUCUGGGACCUAAGCGAGUACUGAAACUAAUGCAGGAGCACAAGAGCAUUGAAGAAAUCGAGAAGCACAUUGAUCAGAAGGUUCACCCUCUUCCGCACAACUGGCAGUACCAUGAAGCACGGCAAUUGUUCCAUAAUCCCAGUGUGACCAUUAUAAAUGAUCACGAAUUACAGUGGACAGAGCCAGAUGAAGAAGGGCUAGUCAAGUUUCUCUCAUAUGAGAAAUAUGUUAAGGAGGGUCGAGUGCGAAGUCGACUUGAGAAGCUGAGAAAGGCUUUGCAGCCUGCUGAGCUAGCCACGCCAACAGGUGCAGGCAUAAAAAGGCAGGCUCGCAUGGAUGACUUUUUCCCUGUCAAGAAGGCAGCAGCAACAGCUGAAACAGAGGUUGAGAAAGAAGCAAGUGGAAACAGCAACAAGAAAGGGAAAAGGAAAAAGAGACAGAAGUAGCUAUGAUGACUGUGGUAGACAUUUCCCAAAGUUAGUAAUUUCCUGCUGGAAGUCAGAAGGGAAGCAGGAAUGCCUCAUCCUGUGGUGCUGAAAACCUAUCUUAUCGAGUAGGGGUGAAUGUGGGUUCCAGUCUGUCAGAGUUAUGUUCUUGGAAUAAUGAAUCAUGCAUUCUAGUCUGUUGCUUGAUUAAGAUGUCAGAUUGCAGCCGUGUGUGUUGAACUUGUAAGGUUACUCUUAACUUCAGCUGCACAUUGUAGCUGCUUAUCCCUUUAAAGUUUGCAUCUGUAACAACUGUAAGAUACCCCUUUCAGUGUGUAGAUUUCAACCUCAUUUUGUCCUGAUGUACGAAACAAUGAGCCUAGGAAAUUCCAUUCUGAAACUGUUGGACAUCACUCCUCAGCAAACUCUGUACUGCAUUGUAAUUGUAUAUGUUUAUUCAUGUAUUGGAAUGUUUGAUUUUUCAUAAAGUUGAACAGCUAUUUUUUUAAACAUUACACAAUGCAGUUUUGCAAUCAUUCCUGUAACCAUCUCUUUUUUUAAUUAGGAAUUUUAAAUUUGGAGAGAGGUUUUUUUUAGUCUGUCAUUAUCAUGUGUGUUUAGUAAAAGGGAGUAUUUGGAGCAAAUCCUUUCAAAACAAAAUCUGCUAAAAGCAACUACAUACUUAUUGAAAAGUUCUUCGUAAGUAGCAUUGCCGUGUCACUUUAGUGGCAUAUUUUUAAUGGAUGCACUAUCUGCACAAUGCUUGAUAUUUCACCUCUGGAAAUUUUUAUCAUUUAACUUAAAACACAGAUACCACUUCCACGUUGUGGAAGAUACGUUUGUAUUGCUUCUUGCCUUGGUGCCCAUAUUGGGCCAGUGCAUUUUGUAGAACUCCCUUCCAGACCUCUAGACACUUUAUGGAUGGUGUUAUUAAAGGAAGCAGAAAUCUCUGAUGGAAGUAUAAUUACUGACACUCAUUGGUCAUACUGACCUGGGUACUAGAUGCUGCUACCUACUGGAAGAACAAAAAGUCUGAGAACAGUCGGCUAGAACUUGUCUUUCAAAUGCAGUUUUGCUUGCCAUUAAUACAGUGCAAUCCUAAUAUAAAUAUUUUAAUUUCAUGAUAAGUGACAUGUGUGGCUUAUACUUAAGGGGUAUGAAUAGCUGCUUAUUAUACAAAAAACAUGCAUUGGAUUAGAAGGGAUCUCAUUGAUAGCAGUGCAGGAUUAUGUUUCUUGUAUAUGCAGAAGUGUGUAUACUCCAUGCUGACUAAUGUGUCCCAUCGCAUUUAUAUCACGUUAUCGAAAGAUGAAAAUAGCAAAUGCUAUUUCAUUGGCCCCAAAACAUCUAAACAUGAAAA